GACACUGCCGCCUCCUCGUAAACAGCUACGUGCAGCAUGAUUUCCCUCUCGGUGCUUUAAUUGAACACAGUGUGCCAGCUCGCAGGAGCGGCCACAGGAUUGUUCAGCAGCUCAGUUCGCGCUGCAAGCCUCUGGUUUUGGUCGUGUGACACAUUUCAAACGAGCAGCUGAAGAAGCGUUUGGAGGUGUUUAACCGCCCUGCAGCUGGUAGCUCGUCACUGUGUUCCAGCCUGAGCUGUGAUUGUUGUCAACUGGACCUGCUGGACGGAACGAAGGCUUCGGUGGAGCUUUACGUCAGCUGAAGUCUGAGAGGUUUCCAAACCACCUUGCGCGCCCGCGCGCGUGUGUGUGUGUGUUGGGUGUUGGGUGUUGGGUGUUCGCUCGGGCUCUGCUGGGACCAGACACUGCUUUCAGCCGUCCUGAGGGGUUCUCUGCGUAAAAACGGGGGUCUUCUCUGGAGAGGUGCAGUCGUGCUCCUAAUCAGCCCGGGAUUUGGCAGAGUUGACACCGCACGGAGAUCCACGUCCCCCUCCCGGUGCUGAAAGAUGCCCUUCAGCCCUUCAGCCAUGAGCUCAGGGGCAGCGGAGAGCGGUGCUUUCGGCGAGGGGCUCGAGAGCAACGUCACAUGCGCCGAGAAAGUUGAGCACCUCCCGCCGCCGUUCUCCUCCACUUCUGCUCUCACUUUGCUGGGCGUCGUGAUCGUGGCGAUCGUGGCGCUGUCCCUGACCACACACCACUGCCACAAAGGCAAGAUGAAGAGGAGGAAGAUCGAGAGGGCGCAGGAGGAGUACGAGAGGGACCACCGCAGCCCCGUCCCGGCCAGAGCCAAGCCUGAUUUGGGGCGUUGCACCAUCAUCCGUCCCGCUUCCAGAGACAUUGAGCAUCGGUCAGCCUUCCCAGGCAAGCCGAGCGCAGCCCCUGAUCAUCCUCCCACCACUUCACCCACGGAGACUGAGGACAUGAAGGGCGUGGAUGAAGCGGUGCUCGAGGCUGUUGCUGUGUCAUGAUAAGCUGGAGAGGGAAAAAGUACUUGAGACGUGUAAAUAUGCAGAAAUAUACCAGUAAACAGCAACAGCAAAGCCGUUCCGUAUUAGCGUUAGCAUCCCUCGAAAUAUAUCUACUUUUCUCCGGUUUCUUCUCCUUCCAGAAAGGAGUUACAGCUUCCCCCAGUGUAGGCUAGAACCCCCCAGUCCCCCCUUGUGUUCUGUACAAACCGGCAUUGUCAGUGGACAGUGAUGGAUGGGGAAGAAACUGGACAGGACAGCUGCGGGACUUCAGGCGGGUUUUCAUCAAACUGGACGCGGAGUGCUGUCCGAGGUGCUGCGCACGAACUUCCUUCUGCCGUGGAAUGUUUUAUAUGGAGGAAACUGUCCUAAUAUGACACUGAUUUUAAUUAAUCCGAGGAUCUAAAGCCUGCGCUGUAUGAAAAGCAGCUAAGACUGUUUUUGUUUGUUUGUUUGCCUGCUCUACUUUAGAUAUGCAGAACUGAGAAAGAUGCUGGGAAGGGUCUGUAAUGAUGCACCGUCUAUUCACUCUUUAAUUAGCCGUGACGUCCUUACUGAAGUUAACUCUAGUCAGACUAUUACAGCAAUGUCAGCAGUGCAAAACAUAAACUCCACAAUAGUACAAGCACCUUUACUGAAGCUCUGUCAGCCAUGGAGGCCUCUGAACACCAGUUAAGUUCUGAAAGAAAGGAAGCGAAGGUUUUACUGUUGUUUUCUUAUAUAGCUCUCAAAUUAUUUCGUAGUAUAUUAUUUGAAGCAAGAUAUAGUGUAGCUGUAAAUUAUCAAUGCUAAAUAAAGAUCAUUAAACAAUG